ACCAAUAUAGUAUGUGGGAAAGCAAAGAUGAAAGCAGAGCUGUCUCUUUAUUUUCUUCUGUAUUAAGCUGACCAAAGACAAUUCCUUUGUAUCUGUAGCUGCAAUUUUUCUCCUUUCUUUGCAACCCUUACUUUACCUUCCUCACCUUCUAAUUCUGUAACAAGUUUCAUACUUUCAAAUCUCAUCACUCCAAAAUCCUUUCUUUUUCUUUUUUUAUUACCCAUUUGACUUUAUUCUGUGCAGCAGAGUCCCAGAUCUCUGCAUUCCAGUUCCCAUGGCUGGUCGCUAUGACAGUAACCCCUUCGACGAGGAAGAAGUUAACCCCUUCUCUAAUCCUGGAAGUGUUCCUGCUGCCACAAAUUCAAGGCUUUCACCUCUUAAACCCGAGCCUGUUGAUUAUAAUUAUGGCUUUGGUGCGACAGUUGAUAUACCUCUUGAUACAUCAACGGAUUUGAAAAAGAAGGAGAAGGAACUUCAAUCCAAGGAAACUGAAUUGAGAAGAAGAGAACAGGAAGUGAGACGGAAAGAAGAAGCUGCUGCACGAGCUGGAAUUGUUCUUGAGGAGAAGAAUUGGCCACCGUUUUUCCCAAUUAUCCAUCAUGACAUUGCUAAUGAAAUUCCAAUUCAUCUUCAAAAAUUGCAAUAUGUUGCAUUUACUACACUGUUAGGAUUAGUGUUGUGCCUUUUAUGGAAUGUUAUAGCUGUUACUUCAGCUUGGAUUAAGGGUGAAGGUGUAAAAAUAUGGUUUCUUUCCAUAAUCUACUUCAUAGCAGGAGUUCCUGGAGCAUAUGUUCUGUGGUACCGCCCAUUAUAUCGUGCUUUUAGGAGUGAAAGUGCUUUGAAAUUUGGAUGGUUUUUCUUGUUGUAUCUGAUUCACAUAGGAUUCUGCAUCUUAGCCGCGGUUGCUCCUCCUAUAGUUUUCAAGGGAAAAUCCCUGACGGGCAUUCUGUCUGCCAUAGAUGUGCUGGGGGACCAUGCUUUGAUUGGGAUUUUCUACUUCAUUGGAUUUGGAUUAUUCUGCAUUGAAACGUUGAUCAGCAUCUGGGUUAUUCAGCAAGUAUACAUGUACUUCCGUGGCAGUGGUAAGGCUGCUGAGAUGAAACGGGAGGCUGCUAGGGGAGCCAUGAGGGCGGCGAUAUGAUUAAUCGUCUUGUCGAUCAAUGUUGUAUAUUCAAACUAAAUAAUUGACACACUAGCUAAUCUAGCUAUCUUGGAAGAGGGUGAGGCAAUCACAGAAAGUUGGAGAUGGAACGAGGGAAGAGAGACUAAUCCAUCAUUUAGCUCUCGCUAUAAUAGUCCUAAUGCUGAUAAGGAACAAUCCUAGGCUUUGUCCAUGAAUAUCAAACUUUAAUAUUGGUGACAACUUACAGGGACAUGUACUUGAUU